AUGUUCCAGAGUGGUGUGUUCAGCCCAUAUUGGGGAUCUAAUCUGGCGAGAUGGAUCUUUGAUACUACAAGUAAUGCUUUAUCGAGCUUUGGAGGAGCUGGUUACUUUAACAGCAUCAACACCGUUAAUGGCAUCACUACUGUAAUUGCGAACAUCGGAGGCAGACCUUAUACGGCACAACUUCCCGCUAAUAGUGUUGUCUCGAUGAACAGCAACUAUAGAAAUUACAAUGGUCAACAGAGUGAAGAGGUCACGAUCGUGGUAAAUGGUGACGUUACCGUGUAUAGGACAAUGAACGGCAGAACUAUCGCCACUGACGGCUAUGGAAGCAUACGACCUGAUGGUGGACCGUUUCGUAUAUACUAA